AAAUCCGUAAGAGUAUCAUCGCCUUUCCAUUUUAACGUUCUUCAAGCAUAUUACGCUCGUUCGCUGUUGUCAAGCACAAUUUCCCCGUGAAAUACUUGGCGUCACGCUUAAGAACACGUUCAACAGCGUUCGAGCUUUUUUGAUAUUUUCAAGAAUUCUCGAGGCUUUGUUCAAAAAGCUUCACUUCCCCUAGUUUACUUCAACCAUCUUUAAUAAAGUGCUAAUAAAAUGGUUGUCGGCAUUGAACAUUGUGUUUACUGUUUCGAUGUUCUCGUUGCUUACCUUGAAGGAAGGAUGCCUUUGGAGCCAGAAUUCGAGAACAACCAGUAUCCGCUCUUUGUUACAUGGAAUAUCGUUAAUCAUGGUCAAACCCGUUUGCGCGGUUGCAUUGGUAAUUUUGAACCUUUACCUCUUCAUUCUGGAUUGAAAGAAUACGCUAUUACUAGUGCGAUUCACGAUAGAAGGUUCUCGCCUAUCACUAUUCGAGAAUUGCCCCAUCUUACUUGCGGGGUAUCGUUGUUGACAAAUUUCGAGGACGCCAAAGAUUAUCUUGACUGGGAGAUUGGUGUUCAUGGUAUUUGGAUUGAAUUUGUUGACGAUCAUAAUCGCCGCAGAACUGCUACUUAUUUGCCUGAGGUUACAGAAGAGCAAGGCUGGACCAAAGAAGAAGCCAUCGACUCUCUUCUUCGCAAGGGCGGUUACAAUGGCCGAAUUACGGAUAAGAUUCGAAGUCGAAUAGUGCUUACACGUUACCAGAGUGCAAAAUAUGUUGUUACUUAUCAAGAAUAUCUCCAACACGUUAGUGAAAACCCACUAAAGCAUGGUAUAAAACACGAAAUUAGAAAUCCUAAAGAUUCUAAGUAUCUUGAUGAAUUCGCUAUUGAUGAAUGGAAUUAAGAAAACGCGUUUGUUACGCUUUUUUUAACGUGAUUAAUAAAAGAUAUAGAUUGAUAAUACAGCUAUUCAGACUUUGAGUUUUUACGCUAGCUAAUAUAUUGUUCAAGAGGUUCUUUAUUAUUAUUAUUAUUAUUAUUGACUGGAAUUUUUUUCGAUUUUAGCAAAUGC